GCCUCUUGGUUGUAACGUGCAUAAUUUUUCUCAGGAAAUUAUUAGAGCUCUUGUAACCAUAGCUGACUUUACUUGAUCAAACAACGUCUGUACUUAAAAAUAACAGGCGGUACAUAUCCCACAGUUAGCGUUCUCCACAGCAAUAAUUUCCGAUCACAUUUUACAAGGAACAUAUUUAAACGAUUACAUAAUCUCGAGAGUAUGUCCUGGCAGCAAUGAUAGAAUGAAAAGUUAAAAACGCUGUGCAACGUUAUUGAAGAAGUCCAGACAAGCUCAUCGUUGCAGUGCAAGCUGCAUUUCCAGACGGAGCGCAUGUGGACGGGGUAAACGGAUUUCACUUGACGGAUCAUUGCUUGCCUGCAGCGGGGAAGACUGGGCAUUUUGUUCAUGGUGCCAGGAUGCUUUCUUUUAUCCUUAGUGUCUGCUUUGUAGCCUUUGUGGCCAAUCAGACUGUGAGCACUGGGGCCAAAAAAAGCAAGCUGCUCACCAUUAAUCCUGCUCAGCUGCUGUGCAGCAUGCCCGGUUCCCCGGGGCCCCCAGGCCUGCCAGGGGCCCGUGGGGCCUCAGGCUCCAUCGGGAGAAUGGGCUUCCCAGGGAAAGAUGGAAAGGACGGAAAGGAUGGGGACAAGGGGAAGAAAGGGGAACAAGGUGACCAAGGUAGACAGGGGAAUCCUGGAAAGGCUGGCUCUAAAGGCAAACAAGGUGUGAUUGGCAAGCACGGGCCCCGGGGAAAGAAGGGACCCAGAGGGGACCCUGGCCAGGCAGGGGCGCUUGGGUCGAAGGGCAAGGCAGGAGACACCGGUGAGGAUGGGCUACCUGGGGUCUGCAAAUGUGGCAUCAACUUGGCCAAAUGUGCCUUCUCCGUCGCGGCCACUAAGAGCUACCCGAAGGAGAGGCUGCCCAUCAAAUUCAACAAGGUCUUGAUGAACGAAGGUGGCCACUAUAAUGCCAGCAGCGGCAAGUUUGUAUGUGGCAUCCCUGGCAUUUAUUUCUUCACUUACGAUAUCACUCUGGCAAACAAGCACUUAGCAAUUGGGCUGGUGCACAACGGACAAUACAAGAUAAAGACCUUUGAUGCCAAUACUGGCAAUUAUGAUGUAGCGUCGGGGUCUACCGUCCUGCGCCUGGUGCAGGGUGAUGAGGUGUGGCUGCAGAUCUUCUACUCCGAGCAGAAUGGACUCUUCUAUGAUCCGUACCGGACCGACAGCUUGUUCAGCGGGUUUCUGAUAUACCCGGACCAGGAUUUCUUCAACAAGGUAGAGGAGAACCUCAGCUGACUUCACUGGUUGGACUUAUGAAGUAAAAUGACAAGGCCAAAAGCUAAAUGUUUGGCUUCACAGAUUUUUUAUUUUUACUUUUCACUGGGAGGAUGCAUUGUCUCAUUUGAACCCUUCCAAAGGAUGACACCUAAAUAUCUGAAGCAGUAUCCCGUGCAGUUCUAUCCCUGCUCAGCUGUUGCAGAACAUUGUUUCUAGAACUCUGUGAAAUGUCCUACGAAAGAAAUUCAUUGAAGUACAUGUAGUGCAAAUUCUACCAAACACUGAUCAUUUUCAGCGACUAUGUCGUAUGUAUUUUACCAAUAAAGCCUGAAAAUGGUUACUUUGCAUAAUAUAUGAUAAAGACCCCUAUCGAAGCAACUCCAGUAAGAAAAGAAACCAUGCCCAGUUUUUAGUAGCAUGUGUUUGUCCCUGUGAAACUCCAAGUGUACCCUUAACAGUUAAAGAUGAUUUCUGACAAGUUAGUGGAUGCUGUCGUGGAAAGUAUGUUAGCUUUAUAACCUAUGAGUGUUCAAAAUGAAACGCCAGUCUGGAAACACACUACACAAAGCUUUUAAAGACCUAAUUAAUAAAAUCUAUAUACAGAGAUAAAACUGAAUGAAAUAUAGCACUGAAAAAUAAGCAGCUUUACUGCUGGAAAUCUAAAUGAAACAGCAGG